CGCUCACUGCCGGCAGCCGGCACUUUGCGCUUACCCAGAGAGUAGCUCCACUUGGGUGCGAGGCAGAGAGGGGCAAAUCUAUUCACGCCGAUCCAUGAAAAUGCUUUGGAAACUGACGGAUAAUAUCAAGUACGAGGACUGCGAGGACCGUCACGACGGCACCAGCAACGGGACGGCACGGUUGCCCCAGCUGGGCACUGUAGGUCAAUCUCCCUACACGAGCGCCCCGCCGCUGUCCCACACCCCCAAUGCCGACUUCCAGCCCCCCUACUUCCCCCCGCCCUACCAGCCCAUCUACCCCCAGUCGCAAGAUCCUUACUCCCACGUCAACGACCCCUACAGCCUGAACCCCCUGCACGCUCAACCGCAGCCGCAGCACCCGGGCUGGCCUGGCCAGAGGCAGAGCCAGGAGUCUGGGCUCCUGCACACGCACCGUGGGCUGCCCCACCAGCUGUCGGGCCUGGAUCCCCGCAGGGAUUACCGGCGGCAUGAGGAUCUCCUGCACGGCCCACACGGGCUCGGCUCAGGACUCGGAGACCUCCCGAUCCACUCCUUACCUCACGCCAUCGAGGACGUCCCGCAUGUAGAAGACCCGGGUAUUAACAUCCCAGAUCAAACUGUAAUUAAGAAAGGCCCCGUGUCCCUGUCCAAGUCCAACAGCAACGCCGUCUCCGCUAUCCCUAUUAACAAGGACAACCUCUUCGGCGGCGUGGUGAACCCCAACGAAGUCUUCUGUUCAGUUCCGGGUCGCCUCUCGCUCCUCAGCUCCACCUCGAAGUACAAGGUCACGGUGGCGGAAGUACAGCGGCGCCUCUCCCCGCCCGAGUGUCUCAACGCGUCGCUGCUGGGCGGAGUACUCCGGAGGGCAAAGUCUAAAAAUGGAGGAAGAUCUUUAAGAGAAAAACUGGACAAAAUAGGAUUAAACCUGCCAGCAGGGAGACGUAAGGCUGCCAACGUCACUCUGCUGACAUCACUAGUGGAGGGAGAAGCCGUCCACCUAGCCAGGGACUUUGGGUACGUGUGUGAAACCGAAUUUCCUGCCAAAGCAGUAGCUGAAUUUCUCAACCGGCAACAUUCCGAUCCCAAUGAGCAAGUGACAAGAAAAAACAUGCUCCUGGCUACAAAACAGAUAUGCAAAGAGUUCACCGACUUGCUGGCUCAGGACCGCUCUCCCCUGGGGAACUCCCGGCCCAACCCCAUCCUGGAGCCGGGCAUCCAGAGCUGCUUGACCCACUUCAACCUCAUCUCUCACGGCUUUGGCAGCCCAGCAGUGUGCGCCGCCGUCACGGCCCUGCAGAACUAUCUCACCGAGGCCCUCAAGGCCAUGGACAAAAUGUACCUCAGCAACAAUCCCAACAGCCACACGGACAGCAGCGCCAAAAGCAGUGACAAAGAGGAGAAGCAUAGAAAGUGAGGCGUGCGUCCAGCCCUGCCCCCACUCCCGCGCCUCACCAGCCCCUGGC